UGAUAAGAUAAAAAUCAUCGUCCUCUUCUUCUUCUUUUUCUUCAAUCCGUACACACUGUUUUUCUCUGUCUGAAGAGUGAAGGCUCUUAAACCCAAGCUUUCCCAUGGUACCUCUCCUUUCCUUCCACACUUCCGCAACGCAGCCUCUCUUAUUGACCCCAAGCUCAACCCCAUUUCUCCACACCCACCUCUCUCGCAUCAAAUCCCAGCCUUCACGACGAACCCAAUUUCUCAUUUCAUCAAUCUCCCAAAACUCAAACCAAUCCACCAACCAAAACCCUCAAACGCCACCAAAGCAGCCUCCGAGAACCCAGUUCCCUGGUGGGUUCAAGCGUCCAGAGAUCAAGGUUCCCAAUAUUGUGCUGCAGCUGGACCCUGAUGAUGUAUUGGUCGGUGAUGAUGCUUUGGAUUUGAUCGACAAGGCGGUGUCGAAAUGGGUUGGGAUUCUGGUGCUGAAUGGUCGUGAAGCAAGUGGUGGCAGACUCUAUGAGGCCGCCUGUAAGUUGAAGUCGGUGGUCAGAGAUCGCGCCUACUUGUUGAUCUCCGAGCGUGUUGAUAUCGCCGCCGCAGCUAAUGCUAGUGGGGUUCUUCUCUCUGAUCAAGGUCUUCCUACCAUUGUUGCAAGAAGCACAAUGAUGGCUUCCAAAUCUGAUUCAGUCAUCCUUCCUUUGGUGGCUAGAAAUGUUCAAGACAUAGAUGGUGCCAUAAGUGCCUCCAGUUCUGAAGGAGCUGAUUUUCUUAUAUAUGGUAUUGGUGGACAGGAAGAAGUUCAUGUGGCACUGAAUCCACUAUUUAAAAAUGUGAAGAUACCGAUAUUUGUCAUGUUCCCUUCAUAUGAUGCUUUAUAUUCGGAGGUGCCAACAUUACUCAAAUCUGGCGCUAGCGGAUUAGUUACUUCUUUGAAAGAUUUCAGGCUGCUUAAUGAUGAGGCUUUGAGCGAAUUGUUUGACAUCGUCUACAUGAAAAAUGGUAAAACACAGGAUGAAAUUGAAAGCUUUGAUAAUCUCACAGUUUUGAAUGUGCUUAAUGGUCUCAAUGACGACAAAAAUGUUGCUGGAUUUCUUAAAUUGGAGGAUAGAGAGAAGCAGUUCAUAGAAACAGAGAGAUCAGUGUUGCUGAAAGCAAUAAAUGUCAUCCAGAAAGCUGCUCCACUGAUGGAGGAGGUUUCACUUCUCAUUGAUGCAGUUUCUCAAAUUGAUGAGCCAUUUUUACUGGUUAUAGUGGGUGAGUUUAACUCGGGUAAGUCAACUGUUAUUAAUGCACUUCUCGGAAGUAGAUAUCUUAAAGAGGGGGUUGUUCCUACGACUAAUGAGAUCACGUUCUUACGCUAUUCUGAGAUGGAUUCUGGUGAGGAACAGCGUUGUGAAAGGCAUCCAGAUGGUCAAUAUAUAUGCUACCUUCCUGCUCCAAUUCUUAAAGAAAUGCACGUUGUUGAUACACCUGGAACUAAUGUGAUUCUCCAGAGGCAGCAACGCCUUACUGAGGAAUUUGUGCCCCGUGCCGAUUUGCUUCUUUUUGUUAUCUCUGCUGACCGCCCAUUAACUGAAAGUGAGGUUGCUUUCCUUCGUUAUACUCAGCAGUGGAAGAAGAAAGUUGUGUUUGUCCUGAACAAAUCUGAUAUCUACCAGAAUGCUCAUGAGCUUGAGGAAGCUAUGUCAUUCAUCAAGGAGAAUACACAGAAAUUGCUGAAUACUGAACAUGUGACAUUAUUUCCUGUCUCUGCGAGAUCUGCUCUUGAAGCAAAACUUUCAGCUUCUGCUUUGGGGAAAGAUUAUGCAAAACUAUUAGGAUCUGAUUCACAGUGGAAAACCAGUAGCUUCUAUGAACUUGAGAAUUUCUUGUAUAGUUUUUUAGAUGGGUCAACAAGUACCGGAAUGGAAAGAAUGAAACUCAAACUGGAAACACCGAUUGCAAUUGCAGAAAAACUACUUUCUGCCUGUGAAACUCUUGUUACACAGGACUGCCGAUAUGCCAAACAGGACUUGGCCUCGAUAAAUGAUAUAGUUGGGAGUAUAAAGAACUAUGCAGUGAAGAUGGAAAAUGAAAGCAUUGCUUGGAGAAGAAGAAUUCUGUCUGUGAUUGAUACCACAAAAUCACGUGUGGUAGAGCUCAUAGAAGCUACUCUGCAAUUAUCAAAUCUUGAUCUUGUUGCUUAUUAUGUUUUCAAAGGGGAAAAAGCUGCCUCUAUUCCAGCAACCACAAGGGUUCAAAAUGACAUUAUGGGUCCUGCAUUUUCAGAUGUGCAAAAACUACUUGGAGAAUAUGUGAUAUGGUUGCAAUCAGACAACGCUCGUGAAGGAAGGAUGUAUGCAGAAACGUUCGAAAAACGCUGGUCUUCAUUUGUCUAUCCGCACAGACAGGUGCAUUUGGAGACGUCACUGGAAAAAGUAAAUGAACUCAGCUUGAAAGUGAUAGAGGGCUUCAGUACCAAUGCUGCUUCCAAAUUGUUUGAGCAAGAAAUACGUGAAGUGUCGCUGGCAACUUUUGGUGGACUAGGAGCAGCUGGUUUAUCAGCUUCACUUCUGACAUCUAUACUGCCGACCACUUUAGAAGAUCUUCUUGCUCUUGGUCUUUGCUCAGCUGGCGGGUUACUAGCGGUAUCAAAAUUUCCCGCUCGUCGGCAAGAGAUGAUAGAUAAGGUGAAGAGGACGGCAGAUGUGUUGGCACGUGAAGUUGAAGAGGCCAUGCAGAAAGAUCUUUCAGAAACUAUUGAGAAUAUGGAAAGCUUCGUGAAAAAUAUUAGCCAGCCUUACCAAGAUACAGCACGGCAGAGACUAGAGAAACUCCUAGAGCUUCAAGAUGAAAUAUCCAAUGUUGAUAAACAACUUCAAACGCUACGAAUUGAAAUCCAAAAUCUACACGUGUCAUGAUCCCAGCUUGAGUUCAGCCUUCAUUCCUUGCAUUUCACCUUGUAACGGAUGCAUUGUUAUGUAUUUCCUCCCCCUUUUUUUAUUAAAUUUGUUCUCCCCCCUUAGUUGGGGUAACAAGUGUAAUAUAUUGUUAUGUAUCAAUAAGAAGAAUUACUUGGAAGUGAAAAGCAUGUAAAUUGUACUUUCGAUGCUUGGAAAAUUUCAAGCUUCGGUGACAUGAGGCAAAACAGUAAAACUGAAGGAAGAAAAAUUACCUUCGCUUUCUCUUUUUA